AUGCAACCAGAUGACAACGAUGAUGAUCAACAACACCAAGCAACUACAUGUACUGCAUCCAAGAAACCACCGACCGUUCGAGCCCCUGGAAAUGGCCGGAAAGCUCGUCGCAAACGGCGUCUUCAAGCCAAACAGCGAGGGGAUACCGGUCUCCUUCAGGCUCCCUUUUUGCAUGGCAAUACUCAACCCGGUCGGUUGGCACUCGUCGACAAGGCAUGGACGAUUUGGAUGAAGCAACACCAUCAUCAUCACAAGAAUAGCAUGGUCUUUGUCGAUGUCGGAAUGGGAAAUCAUCCCGAAACAACUCUGGAAUGGAAAACUGCCAUUGAGCAGUGGUUGUUGACAACAGAACAACCACAACCACAAUCCAAUGGUACUACCCACGAACGCACCUAUCUUUUGGUGGGAACCGAAAUUGACGAGGAACGUCUCCAACAUGCCAAGGACUUCUAUACAAACAUCAACAACAGUAGCUGUUGUGCCAAUGCCAACCACACAACCACCAAGAUUCCCGUAGUAUUUGAAUGGAGUGGAACCGAUUUCCAGUUGCCAGCCAUUACGGAUCACUACAACGUUCGAACGAUUCGCGCCAUGAAUGUUACACGAGACUACCAUAUCCACGAUGCUUGUACGGCCUUGCAUCGAUGGUAUUCGAGUACCGAUAGUAGUAGACAACAACCACAACAGCCUGGACCAAAUCAUACCAUGAUACUGGAGGGGUCUGCCAAUGACACGGGGUCGAUUGCUGUUGCCAUUAUUAUGGAGCAGGCUGCGAACAACACUGGCAACAAGGGUAAUAAUAGCACCGAAAGAAUUGCCAUUGACGGUGUUGUCUUUGGGGUUGAUAUAGAAAGUAUCGUGUGGGCGGACGAUGCUUCCCAACACAACAACCGGACAGAAGGCGCUACCAUUCUACCAGGCAAGUCAUCUCCACCGCAAUGGUUUCAAAGGACUUUGCCUCGGUUGUGGCGGCAUUGCUUUGAUGAUGAUGGUCACGAACAGUGCAACCAGCCAUGGGUCCAUUCCAUGCACCAGUUUCUCUCCAAGUGGCAACAUGUUUCGUCGUCAUCAUCAUCGUUAGAUGCCAAACAGCUCUGGCUCGACAGUAUACACAAGCUGGGAGUGCACUACGAUUUGUGCCUGGAUGGGAUCCAUACUGGCGUCUUGAUUUGGAGGAAUCCGGUCGACUUGUAUGUCCCCACGCCCGCAGAAUCCUUGGCGGGAGGCAAGGGUUGCCAACGAGAAGAAAACGUAGCGGUUGAACAAGGAUAG